UGCCUGACGGUCUGACAGGCCUUUCCCCUCCCUUCAUGGUAAGUUUUUACCUGCUGCGGAAAUCCGAGAGAUCAUUUAUCGGGCGGAAGUGACCACCGAUGAGGACCAAACUCAUUUCCCCCCCUCUCUGGCGUGUUUAGUUGGCCGUCAUGCAAGUUCACAUCCUGGGAGCUAGCCACUACCCACUUGCAUGUACGUCAGUCACGGUGGCUUGUGUUCGUACCCAAAUGCAAUCCGGGGACUCGGGAUUUGACAUACUGAUACAAGGCGAUCAAUCCGUUGGCUGGAGUCUUUGCCCAGACUCUGGUCUGGUGUGGGGGUGGAGUGUCGUGUGUCUGUGUGUGUUGUAUGUGCACUCAAUGUGCGUACGUAUACCCCAUACCAAACCGACAUAUAUGCACACAUAUGUCGACAUGUCUGAGGCGAACUGCAAGCUAGAUCUGCAGGUCUCCCAUUACUUACCUGCCUGUCUAUCUGUAUGUGAUAUGGUGGAGGAGCUCCUUUUCAAACUUACUACGUAUGACAACAGAUUCAUAUUGCAUCUUGCUGGCCCCCUUUUCCUUUCUCGAAUUAGAAAUUUGGCUUCUCCUUUCUCAUUCUUGUCCAACCCUAGCCCUACGGGCGCAUGCUAUGGAAUGCAUGGAUACCAUGGUUCAUUCAGCGGCCUGGUUUCUGCUGCUGCUGCUACUACUACUACUACUGCAGCAUCGCUGAUUUCUCCCCAUUUGCAUGCGUGCGCUGGUGCCUAUACCAUUGUAAAUAAUCUUGGGACCGCCCACCCCCCUCCCCUCAUCUCCAUUCCCAAACAGGCAACGACCUACGUGUUAUAGCUCAUGUUGUGUGAUGAGAAUUGAUUGGCCACCGUCAAGGUGACACACAUUGGCUGGAUCAUUUAUCCGACUGAGACACGAGGUAAUGGGUUUUACCCUUGCCAACUUCGCAAAACCAACUCUACAACCCUGGACAGAUAUUGGGUUUAGUGGAUGUUUGUUCCUCUCUUCUCUCCCUUGAUUUGUUUC